GACGCGAGUGUUGACGCACUCAGCGGAGUUGCGUUGACUUGCGUUGCUCUGCUUCCAACAUGAUGUGCGGAGGGCUUUCAGACGCUCAAAAUGCCCAUGCAGAGAUUCAAAAAAUAAGCGACACCGUGAAGCCUCAAGCUGAGCAGAAAACUGGCAAUACUUACGACGUCUUUGUCGCGAAGAUUUACAGCUCUCAAGUUGUGGCCGGGACGAACUACUUCAUCAAGGUGCACGUGGGAGGAGACGACUACGUGCACAUUCGCGUCUUCCAAAGUCUGCCGCACGUCGGGGCGGGAGCGGAGCUGACCGCCAUCCAGGUGUCCAAGAGACUCGACGACGCCAUUGAGUACUUCUGAGCGGCGCACCAAGAGAAGACGGGCCCUGUUCAUCGAUGCGGCAACGAGCGCAUUGUAAACCCCAACAAUACGGCAUAAUAAUGUGCCAAGUAUUGCAGACGGGACCAUUUUAAUAAAUACAAAAAAAAAAAAAAA